AUGGGAUCGGAUAAAACGGCAAAUUGGUUGCUGCCCAAUGAUGAUGCCUCCUAUGAUGCCACCUAUGAUACCACCUAUGAUAAUGCCACCAAUAAUGCCUCCACCGGUGAGUUGAUGCCCUAUUCUUGGACAGCUGCCACCUUGACACUGCCUUCGAAUAUCUUAGGCAUUGUCCAAGAGAUUCUNAUGAUGGGUGGCGGCAUGAUGGGUGGUGGCAUGAUGGGUUGUGGAUUCGGACGCAAAAAACGCUCAGUGAUUAUCGCCAGGAAUAUAUCGCAUCCUCUAUUGAGAUGA